AUGGGCACCCUGCGGGAUUUACAGUAUGCGCUCCAGGAGAAGAUCGAGGAGCUGAGGCAGCGGGAUGCUCUCAUCGAUGAGCUGGAGCUGGAGUUGGAUCAGAAGGACGAACUGAUCCAGAAGCUGCAGAACGAACUGGACAAGUACCGCUCGGUGAUCCGGCCCGCCACCCAGCAGGCGCAGAAGCAGAGCGCCAGCACCUUGCAGGGUGAACCGCGCACCAAGCGCCAGGCGAUCUCCGCGGAGCCCACCGCCUUCGACAUCCAGGAUCUCAGCCACGUGACCCUGCCCUUCUACCCCAAGAGCCCACAGUCAAAGGAUCUCAUAAAGGAGGCCAUCCUUGACAAUGACUUCAUGAAGAACUUGGAGCUGUCACAGAUCCAGGAGAUUGUGGAUUGUAUGUACCCCGUGGAAUAUGGCAAAGACAGCUGCAUCAUCAAGGAAGGAGAUGUGGGAUCACUGGUGUAUGUCAUGGAAGAUGGGAAGGUUGAAGUUACAAAAGAAGGUGUGAAGCUGUGCACCAUGGGUCCAGGAAAAGUGUUUGGGGAACUGGCUAUUCUUUACAACUGUACCCGGACAGCGACUGUCAAGACUCUUGUAAAUGUGAAACUCUGGGCCAUUGAUCGACAAUGUUUUCAAACAAUAAUGAUGAGGACAGGACUCAUCAAGCAUACCGAGUAUAUGGAAUUUUUAAAAAGCGUUCCAACAUUCCAGAGCCUUCCUGAUGAAAUCCUCAGCAAGCUGGCCGAUGUCCUCGAGGAGACCCACUAUGAAAAUGGAGAAUAUAUCAUCAGGCAGGGUGCAAGAGGAGACACCUUCUUCAUCAUCAGCAAAGGAAAGGUGAAUGUUACUCGGGAAGACUCACCCAGUGAAGACCCAGUCUUUCUUAGAACUUUGGGGAAGGGAGACUGGUUUGGAGAGAAGGCCUUGCAGGGGGAGGAUGUGAGAACAGCAAACGUAAUUGCCGCAGAGGCUGUCACAUGCCUUGUGAUUGACAGAGAUUCAUUCAAGCAUUUGAUUGGAGGAUUGGAUGACGUUUCUAACAAAGCAUAUGAAGAUGCAGAAGCAAAAGCAAAAUACGAAGCCGAAGCUGCCUUCUUCGCCAACCUGAAGCUGUCUGAUUUCAACAUCAUCGACACCCUUGGAGUUGGAGGUUUCGGCCGAGUAGAGCUGGUCCAGUUGAAAAGUGAAGAAUCCAAAACAUUUGCGAUGAAGAUUCUCAAGAAACGCCACAUUGUGGACACUAGACAGCAGGAGCAUAUCCGCUCGGAGAAGCAGAUCAUGCAGGGGGCCCAUUCUGACUUCAUAGUGAGGCUGUACAGGACAUUUAAAGACAGCAAAUACUUGUAUAUGUUGAUGGAAGCUUGCCUAGGUGGAGAGCUCUGGACUAUUCUCAGGGAUAGGGGUUCGUUUGAAGAUUCGACAACCAGAUUUUAUACAGCAUGUGUGGUAGAAGCAUUCGCCUAUCUGCAUUCCAAAGGAAUUAUUUACAGGGACCUCAAGCCAGAAAAUCUCAUCCUAGACCAUCGAGGUUAUGCCAAGCUGGUUGACUUUGGCUUUGCAAAGAAAAUAGGAUUUGGAAAGAAAACAUGGACUUUUUGUGGGACUCCAGAAUACGUAGCCCCAGAGAUCAUCCUGAACAAAGGCCAUGACAUUUCAGCUGACUAUUGGUCACUAGGAAUUCUAAUGUAUGAGCUUCUGACUGGCAGCCCACCUUUCUCAGGCCCAGACCCUAUGAAAACCUAUAACAUCAUACUGCGGGGGAUUGACAUGAUAGAAUUUCCAAAGAAGAUUGCAAAAAAUGCUGCUAAUUUAAUUAAAAAAUUAUGCAGGGACAACCCAUCAGAAAGGUUAGGAAAUUUGAAAAACGGAGUGAAAGACAUUCAAAAACACAAAUGGUUUGAAGGCUUUAAUUGGGAAGGCUUAAGAAAAGGCACCUUGACACCUCCCAUAAUUCCAAGUGUUGCAUCACCCACAGACACAAGCAAUUUUGACAGCUUCCCUGAGGACAGUGAUGAGCCACCGCCUGAUGACAACUCGGGCUGGGACAUAGACUUCUAAUGUAUUUCUCUUACCUGCUUCUGCCUUGCUGAAGACAGCUUUUUCUGAGACACAGCUGCCAGCAAACCUGAGGGAAAGAGAGAAGAUUAGAGCUCGGGGUCACCAUGAUGCCUUUGAUCGAUGCUGCUCCAGUAACUAUGGUGGCAUUAGGACUUAUUGCUUAGAUUAUGAUAGUGCUCUUUAUAUGUUUUAUGUUUGAACCUAAAAUAGCAGUUGACAUGGUGGUCCUGAAGCAAAGCCUUUCACCAGUAAAGUGAUGUUUUCUAUUGUUGCAAUGACCUUGCUUGGCUCUGAUUAUAUUUUGAAAGACUGUAGGAAACACUUCAAUCUAGUAGAAGAGUCUGUAUCUUGCUAGAAUUACCAAGAAGAAUAGAGAAUAAUAUAUUUGGUACGAUAGAUGACUGUGGUACAGAACCUGGGCUAGUCCCUUUCACCAGGGGAAGGGUGUGGAGCCUAUAAUGACUUCAAGCCAGUGUAUAAUAUAUAUCGUACAAGGAGGACCACACAUCUGUGGGUCACAGAGUUCAUGUCAAACCAGUUUCUUUCCUAGCUGAUGACAAGACUGAAUGUUACCUUUUCUUUCUGAUAGAUUCUAGAAAUUGGUCUGUUUAAAAGAAAAAAAAAAGCACAACUGCUACGGUUUCUGUACAGGCCUACCAUGGCAGGUACAAAUGUGUUUUUUUGGAGGAUUAAAAAUGUGCAUGAUAAUUGAGAAACUGGCAUGACAAAGUGGAGGGGGAAAAAGAAUUCACAACACCAUUUCAUAUCCUUAAAAAAAUAUAUUGUGCUUAAAGAUGGUCCUGGAAAUGACUAGCAGCCAAUUGGUUUUA